AUGAUUUCUAUAUUGACAUCCGUAUUGGCCUUUACAUCGGGCACUUCUGCCUGUGCACGAGACUUCCUGGCUGAGACUCGUCACACACAUCGGAAGCCCAUCUCCACGAGAGCCACGGAUUGGCCCCCGGUUUUGACCGAUCAUGAGACGAUCUUGGUGAACUCUUUUGAUAACGUUACCUUAGAUCAAUGGUCCAAUUACUACGGGCAUCAGAAUAAGCUCGCCGGCCUGGGGUAUGAGGCGGCGCAGUGGACGGCAGAUCGCUUUAGAGAGAACGGGUUUGAGACACGUUUGGAUGAAUACCAGGUGUUCCUUACGUACCCCCUCAAGCAAGAGCUAUCAGUCACUUGGGCAAAUGGAACUUCGGAGCCUGUUAACCUUGCCGAGCCUGUGUUGGAAGAGGACGAUGUGACGGGACGUCCAGACAACCAGCCCACGUUCCACGGGUUUUCUGGCUCUGGAACUGGUACUGGAGAAUUCAUAUACGCUGGGCGAGGCACCUUGCUCGACUUUCAGCGGCUGGACGAGCUGGGCGUCGAGAUCAAAGGCAAGAUCGCCAUUAUGCGCUAUGGAGGCCCCUUCCGCGGUCUCAAGGUGAAGAAUGCCGAGCAGUUUGGAGCUGUGGGAGCCAUCAUCUACAGCGAUCCGGGCGACGACGGCAACAUCACUGCUGCCAAUGGCUAUGAUCACUAUCCCAAUGGACCUGCGAGACACCCCAAUUCCGUGCAGAAAGGCUCUACGCUCUUCCUCUCGUCUCGGCCUGGAGAUCCCACUACACCUGGAUAUGCGUCGCAUGAGGGGGUACCGCGAGCGAGCCACGAGGAUGUGGUUCCCGGCAUCCCGAGCCUGCCACUCUCCUUCGCGUCUGCACACCCCUUGCUGAAGGCUCUGAAUGGGCACGGCAGCACUGCCGCCGAGGUCAAUCGCACUCGCUGGGUGGGCGGCCUCGACGUGGACUACUCGACAGGCCCGGCGCCUGGAGUGACACUCACGAUUACGAACGAGAUGGAGGAGAAGAUUACUCCCAUAUGGAAUGUCAUCGGGUACAUCAAUGGGACUGACCCUGACGAUACUGUUGUUCUUGGUAAUCACCGCGACACCUGGAUGAUUGGGGGUAAUGGCGACCCGAACUCUGGCUCUGCGAUUGUCGUGGAGUUGACCAAGGCUGUGAAGAAGCUUGUCGAUUCUGGGUGGAAACCAAAGCGAAAUCUCGUCGUAGCAUCGUGGGAUGCUGAAGAGUAUGGAUUGAUCGGAUCGACCGAGUGGGUGGAGGAUAAUGCCAACUGGUUGACCGAGUCGGCCGUUGCAUAUCUCAACAUCGAUGUUGGAGUCUCUGGUCCCCAUGUCGACCUCUCUGCCACUCCGGAGUUGCACCAGAUUGGCGGUGAGCUCUUCAAGAAGGUAAUUUUCCCCAAUAAGGGUGCGUACAAUGAGACCUUGUACGAUUCUUGGGUACGCGACUAUGAAGGCAUCGUCGGAGUAUUGGGGAGUGGCAGCGAUUACACCUCAUUUUUGCACUACGGCAUCAGUUCUCUGGAUGUAGGAUCAGGCGGUGGCCCGAAUGAUCCCAUCUGGCAUUACCACAGCAAUUACGACUCCUACCACUGGAUGGCCACGUUUGGUGAUCCCGGCUUUCACCAGCACAAGGCGGUUGGGCAGUAUCUCUCACUUCUGACCUUCCACCUGCUUGACGACCAGGUCUUGCCCAUCGAUGUUCAGAACUAUGCCGUAGAACUGCGCGCCUACCGAGACGACCUGAUCGAGGUCAUCGAUCAGUACGGCGCGACGAUUGAUCUGACCGACUUGUCAAACGCCAUUGAAGAAUUCGCUCUCCGUGCAGAAGAUGUCAAAAAACUGGAAAUCUCUGCCCUCGGACUGCACGAUGAUGCUCAAAUUCAGCUCACCAACAGCAAAUACCGUGACUUCCAGCGUGGCUUCGUCUCACAGGGUGGACUGCCAGAUCGGGAGUUUUUCAGACACGUUGUCAACGCCCCGGGACUUGACACUGGAUAUGCGGCAGUGACGUUCCCUGGCAUUACCGAGGGGGUACAGUAUGACAGGCUGGAGGAUGCAAAGGCAUGGGUCUCGAAGACAGCCAACGGCAUUCGACGAGCUGCUGAGAUUCUUCGUGUGUAA